ACACUCGCAACACCUUCGCGAAUUGACCGGGAGUAAAGAGAAAAGAGGGAGUUGGGUGUUUUUCCCAUAAUGCACGCGAAGCAAGGUAAUGAUCGUUAAGGAUAAUAACGUAGACGGAGUGAAACAGCCAAGGAGGACCCGCGCCUCCUAAUCGUGCCAUUAAUACUGCGAGCGUAGAAGGAAAUGGCGGCAGAUGCCCGGUGUGAGCUCAACGACUACUUCGCCCCGCUAGUGUCAAUCACGUGCCAGUGGGCUGACCCACGAUGGACCCGCACCAUCCGGCCACUCCUCUGCGGCCUUGGUGUAGAGCGCGGACUCGCCAAGCGCCGUCACACGUCGAAGCUGCUGUCCCGACUCUCAGACACGCGCACAGUCAAGAGUGGGCGACCGACCAAAGCCAGACAGGAGUGUUGUGUGUUGCCGGUCGCAGUUCAUACCCGUCCGUGUUUCGGUGUGUUGCAAGUUUUGUGUGUGUGUUUUUUUAUGUGUGUGGACCGGGGAUUAAAUAAAUAAUAAUAAUAAAAAAUAUAUAUAUAUACAUACAUGUAUAAACAUAAAUAACAUCAAAGGCGUAAUAACGUUACGUGUAUAUGACACACCAGGAAUGAGGACCUACUCCAAGUUCGAAGACAGUUUACCUGUCGUUGUGUGGUGAUGGAGCGGUUGUAAACCCCGGACGGAUCCUUCGACUUCGUUUGCACCUUUCGACUGGACUGUGGAUAUUUUUUGACUGUUUCGGUGGGUGGUGUGUGUGCGUGCCAGUGUCCCCUAACACGUUGGUGUCGGCCGCGCGCUGACAGGGGGACCCACGUCGAAGCUCGGGUUUUUAGCACCCCUUUUUUCCCCGAUAUCCGCGGCGCCUCUCGUGGCUCGACGUGCGAAGAGGCUACGAACUGACUCCGAUGUGACAUUGUCCAACGCAGGUGCUCACCCAUUCUGAAUACCCAGCAUGCAUUAGCGGUCGCCAUCUUUGUUGGUCUUUGUGUCCACGCAGACGUGUGUGAGGACGGUGUCCCACAGUCGAUGAGAUGUCACGGCGAAAACAGGAGAAACCGCUGCCCAGGAAGAGAGUUUUGGCAGCCGACACGGACCUGGUCCAAGACACCCUAAUAUGCGGAGUGUGUCAGAAAGAUUUCCCUUUAUCGGACAUCGUCCGCUUUAUCCAGCACAAAGUGCAAACGUGUAACAAAGAGAACUACCUUCUGUACGAUGACUCCGAUUACGAGAACGACAACGAAGGCUCAGGUGUCCAAGAAGUGGUCAGGAGUCGAAGGCCAAGUAUAUCGGCACCGAUAUCAAAGAAGGAUAAGAAUAUGCCUAGGCCAUCUUCGGCCGCUGCAAGGGAUGGUGAAGAAGAUGGGGCCAGGUCGCCCGCAUCGGCUAGUUUACGCGAAAAUGGUGGAGGUAAAGAGGACACGUCACCAAAGUCGUCGGUGUCGAAAGAUGGGGUGGAAUCGGCGACACCACCCGCCACCAUGACGAAUUCAGCGGAACCGAGCAGCUAUACGUGCUGUACGUGCAGACACACGUUCGGUACAGCGUGGAACCUCAUCCAACACGUCCAGAAUCUACACGGCCUCAAAAUCUACGUGGAUACGUCAUCGGGGGCCAGAAGCCAAGAAACUUCGCCAGUGACUUCUGCGCUAACGCAGCAGCUCGGGCUGGACACCACACCUCACAAUGCACUGCAGUUCCUCCGAUCGCCUCUUAGUGAGAGGCAGUUCGGAACCCCGCUCAAUACUACAACAAACUUCCUAAGCCGUUCCUCUAGUCAUGAUUUCAGACCAGAUUUAUUGGGUGACCAGUUCCAUAGGUUGAACCAUCAAACGCCUCUCGGCAUCACACCCUUCGAAGCUCACCGUUCAACUUUCGAUAGGACACGUGGUGGCUCUCUCAGUCUCGGUUUUGAACCUCAGAUGGACUUCUAUUCCCAAAGACUUAGACAGUUGGCAGGUGCGACCAGUCCGAAUUCCCUCGCUUCUCCCAGGAAGUUGACGUCACCGUUUCCAACACCACCCCAACCUCUUUCUACAAGACCUUCUUCUCUACCAUCGACGCCGUCGUCUACACCGCAACCGUCGUCUCACCCACCUCAGUCACACCCUCAACCCCCACAGUCGUCGUGUUCUUCUACUAGUAGCAAGUCGAGUGAACAACCAUCCUCACCUAAGAUGAAGUCCUGCGAAUUUUGCGGCAAGUCCUUCCGGUUUCAGAGCAAUCUAACUGUUCACAGGAGGUCUCACACGGGUGAGAAACCGUUUAAGUGUCACAUCUGCAAUCACGCCUGCACGCAGGCCAGCAAGCUCAAGAGGCACAUGAAGACCCACAGGGAAAAGUCGCAAAUGUCCGAAAAUGCGAGUAUAGACUCGGGGCGCUCCACCCCCGAUUCCAGUGCCGGAAAGGACGGGGGACACAGCAACUGUGAUGAAGACCUAUCCGACGGACAGGGUGCCGACAACGAGGAGGAGGAGGAAGAAGAACUAGACGAAGACGAGGAGGACCUGGAGGAAGAGGACCCCGAAAAUUCCAUGUGCGAAGCGGUGGCCGAAGACCUUUCUACAAAAAACCACGAGAAUAACGAGAUCAAAUCGGAGAAUUCGAACGACGGUCAAGCGGCGAGAAGGUCACUGUUAGGUGAAGUGAUGGAGAAGAUCGGGCUCAACAACAUCCAACAAUACAGCGAAGCGUACAAGCAAGCAUUGGUAGAAAGCACAGUGAAGCGCGAGAAGCCAUCCCCGGGUCGAGAUGGCUCCAUCAUGGUAAGCAGCGGGACGGACGAUGGCGAUCAUCACACGCAUCCUCAUCACCAUCAUCACGGGUCGAGAAGGGAUGGAGGAAACAAGAUCUUGGGCCCUUCCAGUUUGGAUUUCGGCGCUCCCACCCUCCUAGGUGCUUUCGACGAGCACUUCAACGCUGGCAAAAGGUUAAAGUUGGACGUCGGGAGCGAAAACAGUCGCGAGAGCCUAUAUGCCGGAGUUUGGCUCCCGUCCGUCCCCCCUACAUAUCGUGAUCUGUACUUAGGGAUGCCACCCGUAUCAUCCACGGCGUCGGGUACAGAUACUGAUCGCAGGAAAUCAUCUUCAUCCACAGAAAGUGCCUUGAAGUCGUCGACUGCCAAUUUGGUCGGUCCACCAGCCUCCACCAGUCCUCGCCCCGGCACCAGUGGCGUCGGUGUACCAAUUAAGCCAAAGGAGAGACGUAACGACACGUGCGAGUAUUGUGGAAAGGUGUUCAAAAACUGUAGCAACCUCACCGUACACAGACGUUCUCACACGGGGGAGAAGCCAUACAAGUGUGAACUUUGCAGCUACGCUUGCGCCCAGAGCUCAAAGCUCACGCGACACAUGAAGACACACGGCAGACUCGGCAAAGACGUUUACAAAUGUAGGUUCUGCGACAUGCCGUUCUCUGUGCCUAGCACGUUAGAGAAACACAUGAGGAAGUGUGUGGUCAACCAGAACAUCAACCUAGCAUUGGUCGAUAGGGACUCGGACUCCAAGGAGAUCACGUGAUGACGGCAGACACCUCAACUUUUUUGUUAAUCAGUCUUCGAGAUACGACCCAUCCGGGGGUAAAUCACCAAAAAAUGAACCAUCACAGAUCCCCGGAAAGGGUAUGCACUAUUAUUAAAAACAAAAAACACUAAAUGCUGGGGGUUUGUUUCGAGGUCCGUUGUUUGUUUCUAUCUAUUUCUCUGUGUGUAAUUUUUGCGUGUUGGUGUACGAAGGGGGUGGGUAAUAGGCGCGUGCACAGCCUAUUACUAGGACGCUAGUCCCUUGACAUUUUUUGCUCUUCCAAAGGGUCGGAUUGAAUGAAGCUCAGUUGAUGUUUUUUAAUGAAUAAUGAAGUGCCCAUCACUGCGUUAGAUAUGCAUCUCGUUGUCUUUAUCUGACCUGAUAUAAAAAAUGUGAACUAACUACACAUAGAAAGAAGAAAGAAGCACUUAAUAUUGGUGGUAUAUUCAAAAUAAAUAAGAAAAUAUGCGGUUUUUAAAGCUGUUUAUCGUGUUUCACACGAUGUAAAAUAACGUCUAUGGUAUAACCAUUUCUCCCGAAAUCCAUGGUUGUGUUGACAUAAAAUGAAAAUUACUAAAGAAGCUGUCUAUUUUAGGCUUAUCAGAUGCAUGCUAAAGCAUGAAAAAUCAUCUUAAAAAUACCUAUCAACCCCCCGAGCGAAUUAUAAAAAUAAAUAAACAUUAUCUUCACUGUUAAUGGGAAAUUCAAGGAGAGGAAGCUAAGAGCAAAGUCCUGCUUACAGAAAACACGCAACAAAAUAAUAAUAACUCCUAAAAAUUAUACAUUCUGUUGCCUUUCUGUGCAUAGUUUAAAAGUAUACUAAAUGCUGAUUAGAUCACACGUGUAGUAAUUAGAAAUGAAUUUUUUUCAAUCGUCUGUGCUGUAAACACUGGCCAAGCCAGCUUUUCUUUAAAGGAUUUUUUUAAAAUUUCCACCUAAAAUUUCUUUGUUUCCUAUAUACCAUUUUGCAUCCUUCUCCUCCUCGUUAAACACUUCCGACAAUCAUCGAGUGCAACCCCUUCUUUACUUUAUCUUAAAGAGAAAACAACACACACACACAUACACAUACACACAUGCAUACACACACCUUAAAGCUCCCUCGUGUUUCUUUAGAAGGAAACGGUGGUCGUUUAUAUACUUAAGUGUCAUUUGUGUGAAUGGGUAAGCUUAGAAUAUCUUAAAUUCCGUUUGUUUAAGACGAAGAAUAAGAUUUUAAAAAAAUUAUACAAAAAACCUGCCUUUGUCAUCAUUCAAGUGCCUGUGGUUAGUUCCGCAACAUGAGACAACCUGCACGAAAGAGAUACGAACACGUAGUGUGUGUAUGUGAGAAUGAGAAAAUGUUAAGAUUUUUUUAACAUUUCUUCAUAAAAAAAUAAAUUAAAAAAAAAUACAGUUUUUUGUUAUGUAAGGACCCGGGAAGAGUUGAAUUGUUUACGUUUUUGCUUUUGAAUCUUCCCCCCCUCACUUUUAGUCAGGUGUUUAUUCCUGUUACGUAACAUUCAGGUGUUAUAAUUUCCCCCACCUUCAGUCAUAUUAAAGGAAUUACACCUCACUUCUAGUAAGGUUUUUGGAAGUUAUUGUUGAAUUGCUUCUGUUGAACGCGAGGAAUCUUUUUUUGAAUAUUAAACACGGGGCUUCUAACUUCCCCCUUUUUGCACACUAUUUAAAAAAAUCACGUGUGCUUUUUUUAAACUAACAAGUACAAAUUUGCCCCUAUAUAAUAAUUAAUAAUAAUGAUAAUGAUGAUGAUAAUAAUAAUAAUAAUAUAUUUACGUCAUGUGCUGUUGUGCCA